AGCACAGUAGCCAGCAGCUCAGCAGCAGCACAGGAAGAUGGGCAGCGCCGGAGCCACCCUCGUCCGCUUCCUGUUGUUGGCCUCGAUCGUCGCCGGGUUCGCGGCGCAUCUCGCCGCGGGGGAGAAGGACUGCUACGACGAGAAGGACAUGAUCAUGCACAUCUGCAUCAAGAGCAUCAAGAAGGAUGGCUUCUACAUGCCCGCGAGCCAGGCCUGCAAAAACGAGGUGAAGAAGGUUGACAUGCCCUGCAUCUGCCGCGUCCUCACCCCCUCCGACGAGCAGACCGUCAGCCCCGUGAAGCUCGUCCUCCUCGCCCACGAGUGCCACAUCGAACUCCCCGUCGGGAGCAAAUGCGGAACUUACACCAUCGGGGGGCGGGUGCCACCACCAUCCGCGCAUGCGUGAGGAGUUUCGGUCAUGGGGAUCGCGCGAGAGGAAGGCCAGUGAAGGAGAUGGAGAGAUCAUGGCAGAAUAACUAUAACUAUAAAUAAAGUCCGCGCGUGCGUGUAUGCUGAGCUAGUGAGCUAUCCCAUCGUCAGAAUGUAAUCUGCCAUGGCAUGUUACCGUGAG